UCGCUGGCACUGACACCGUUCGUGAACCAGGUCGGUGGGCACACGCCCUUCCUCAAGUUUUCGGGCAGCGCAAUCUGCAAGCCGAUGAACGAGCGCGAGCGCCAGUUCUACGAGGCUGUCGACUACCUGCACCGGGAUCUGUACAAGUUUGUGCCGAGCUGCCUGGGCGUCGUGAACGUCACCACCCACCAGUUCAUCUUGAUGGCCGAUCUGACAGCAUCGACGCGGCGGCCAUGCAUCCUGGAUCUCAAGAUGGGCACACGGCAGCACGGCGUCAACGCCCCGCCAAAGAAGGUCAUCUCGCAGACGAUCAAGUGCGCGGCAACCACAAGCAAAGAGCUCGGUGUGCGUAUGUGCGGCCUGCAGGUGUUCAAGGCCGACCGCAACCGCUACCUCUUCCAGGACAAGUACUACGGGCGGUCGCUGAAUAAGUUCACGUUCCAGCGCUCGCUGCUUGAGUUUCUUGACAACGGUCAGGACGUCAUGUUCUUUUUGAUUCCCUCAUUGCUGACGAAGCUGCGCAACCUGUAUCGCACUGUGGAGCAGAUGCAUGGAUUCAGGUUUUUCGGCUCGAGCCUUUUGCUCGUAUACGAUGGCUAUGAG